AUGACGUUCAGCAAGAAUCGCUGGUUGAAACUGGCCCAAUUUGCAACGGUGUUACUCGCGGUGUCUCAGCUGUCCGGAACAGAUGCUUCGUACGAAUACGGUGACUAUAGCCAGGAGGGAACUAUCGAGGAAGUUGUCCAGUUCGCACGGUCUACGCCAGAAAGCAAAAGUUACGUAGUGUCGGUGGUAGAAUUCCAUCCCGAACCGAUGACGAUGCCCAUCGCACUGCGGACCGAUCUACAUCUAGCAGAGUACGGUCGGCUAAUACGAUCACCGGAAGCGAAGCCCGCCGAUAUUAUAGUGUUCCCGGAGCUAACGCUCAACACGCUCUCCGAUACAGUGUUUGUGCCCGAUCCGGCGCAUCACAUUGCACCGUGUGACGAUCACGGUACCAUUCUAGUCACCCUGUCCUGUCUCGCGCGGGAAGUACGCAAAUAUCUGGUGAUCAACCUGUCGGAACAGUUUUACCUACAGCAGCAGGGCAGAACCGUCCUGUACAACACGGACGUCGUGUUCGAUCGGAACGGUACGGUUAUCGCACGGUACCGGAAGUACAACCUGUUCAAGGAGCCGGGAACGAGCGUAACACCGUUGCCGGAGUUGGUCAGCUUCGAGACUGAUUUUGGUGUACAUUUCGGGGUGUUCACCUGCUUCGACAUUCUGUUUGCGCAGCCAACCCUAGAGCUCGUUAAGCACGGAUUGCGAGACUUUGUGUUUCCCGCCUUUUGGACGUCGGAGCCGCCAUUUCUCAGCUCGACACAGAUCUUCGAAAGCUGGGCUUAUGCGAACGAUGCUAACCUGAUCGUUGCCGGUACGAAUUAUGGUCCAUCUGGCGCAACCGGGACCGGUGUGUUCAAUGGUCGCAACGGAGCACUGUUGGCACACUACACGGGACAGGCUACACGUGCGCUGUACACCGUGACAGUGCCUAAGUCAGGAACGGGCACCAUUGCUCGAUAUCACUCUCAGACGAGCGAUGUGCUGGAGGUGCCAAUAGCGGAACCGAGUGGACAUCGCAUACCGGGCGGUGAAUACGAAAACGUUCGCUUGGGACGAGACUUUCUGGAGCAGUUCACCACAAUCCAGCUGAACCCGAACUGGGAACAGGAAACGAUCGGGCAGAUCGUGUGCAGUGGAAUGUUUUGCUGUGACUUUACCGUUAGCUUAACGUUGGAUGCUGGGCGCGAUCUAACUCACCACUAUCGGUUCGCGGUGUACGAUGGCGUACGUACCUUCCAGGGCUUUGCCGACGCACACGUAUCAAUAUGUGGUGUAAUUGCGUGCGCGAACCAAAGCAUUGCGAGCUGUGGACUUAUGUUGGAACACAAUUCGGAGUAUCUCCAGUUUAACUCUAUCUCCAUAUCGGGACAAUUUAUCGCAAACGGUACGCUGGCGAUGCCUAAUACGCUCGACAUGCGCAUGUACUCGUACGAUGCUAGUCACUACAGCUUUACGGCCGAUGUCAACUAUUCCUCCAACAGCCAGAUUGUGACGAUGAACCUGACUACCCCGAUCAGCGACAUGCAAACGUUUGGUAUCUAUGCGUUCAACCACAAGGAGUUUGAAUUCUUUAACCCGAUUCAACUGCCCGGCGACGGCACUUCAAUACCGGACCAAGAUGAUGAUGGUGGUGCUACCACGGGUGCAAAACCCUCAGCAAUUGCAUUUCUGUUUCUGGGAGCUCUACUCACCACCUGGCACUUUAUGACAUUCAAGAAGAUGGAGUAUCUAUAA